UGCCUACAAGAGUUGCAGUGAUCCAUUGCUCCCCUGUGGUACUACUAGCACAGCCACAUCUCCACAUCCAGAGAGGCUAGUAUUUGUUGAAGACGACUUGUAGUUGACAUGCACCGGUUGGGAGGAGUUGGUCUUGCAGCGUUUGACCGCCAAAGAGAAUCGCAGCGCUCGUUCGCAGAGCUAUCUACAGAAUUAUCCAAGACCCAGAUCGACCAUCUCCACACCCAACUGACUCAGUUCCGCUCUGCACUCACACACUUUGCUUCGACGCACAGAGACUCCAUACGCAAGGAUCCAACAUUCCGACAUGCUUUCCAACAGAUGUGCUCGUCCAUCGGUGUGGAUCCACUCGCUGGCCCGAGAAAGGGUGGAUGGUGGGCAGAGAUGCUCGGUAUGGGAGAUUGGCAACAUGAACUGGGAGUACAGAUCGUCGACGUGUGCGUGUCCACGCGAGAACGAAAUGGUGGGGUCAUAGAGUUGGGCGAACUUGUCAGAAUGGUGAGCAAGCUACGGGGAGUCGAGAGCGGCGUCGUCACUGAGGAAGAUGUCGUCCGGAGUAUUAAGACCCUCCAGCCGCUGGGAGCGGGUUACGAAGUGAUUGACGUUGGGAACGGCAAGAAAAUAGUUCGCAGUGUCGUGAAGGAGCUAGACGAAGACCAGGCCACCGUCCUUGCAGAAGCGCAGGCGGAGGGAGGGAGGAUCGUCGAAGAGAUCUUGGUGACACGGAGAGGCUGGACUCGCGAACGUGCAAGGACUGCACUGGAAAAUAUGCUUCUGCGCGAUGGACUGUGUUGGCUCGACGCUCAGGACGAACAGCACGGAAAAGCGUAUUGGGUCCCUUCUGCGAUGAGUUGGGACGAAUGACGGCGUUCAGCUUUUGACGCUGCUUAUAUUCGAGCAAGUCUCCAGGAUCACAACAGGUAAAGGUAGUUCCAACUUGAUCUAAGCUAGCGUGCCCUUAACUCCCAUCGUUCGC